CCCCAGUGGCACGGGAGCUGCCAUCCGCCUCCUGCCGCGUGGAGCCGCGCGCUCCCCGGGUGCCGCCCCGCAGCCAUGUUCAACCUGAUGAAGAAGGACAAGGAGAGGGAUGGGUCGCGCAAGGAGAAGAAGGACAAGAAGGAGAAGAAGGAGCGGAUGUCGGCGGCCGAGCUGCGGAGCCUGGAAGAGAUGAGCCUGCGCCGCGGCUUCUUCAACCUCAACCGGGGCUCCAAGCGGGAGUCGCGGGCGCGCCUGGAGAUCUCCCACCCCAUCCCCAUCAAGGUGGCCAGCGGCUCCGACUUGCACCUCACCGACAUCGAGGCCGACGGGCACCGCGGCAGCGUGGUGCUGGACUCGGGCCAGCUCAGCACGGCCAGCUCCAGCGACGACCUCAAGGUGGACGAUGGCAACUUCAAGGGCUCGGUGCUGCAGCGGGCCGCCAAGUUCGGCUCGCUGGCCAAGCAGAACUCGCAGAUGAUCGUCAAGCGCUUCUCCUUUUCCCAGCGGAGCCGCGACGAGAGCGCGUCCGAGACCUCCACGCCCUCCGAGCACUCGGCCGCCCCCUCCCCGCAGGUGGAGGCCCGGACGCUGGAGAUGCAGCUGGCCAAGCAGGGCGCGCCCCCGGGCCACCCGCGGCCCCCGUCCUCCUCCUCCUCCUCCUCCUCCUUGGCCCCGCGCUCCCGGGUGCCCGAGCUCGUUGGCAAGCGGUUCGCGGCCGAGCUGCGGCUGCCGGCCGUGGUGCCCCCCCAGCCCGCGGCGCCCCGGGAGCUGGAGCUGCAGCGGCGCAACACGGGCGACUUCGGCUUCUCGUUGCGCCGCACCACCCUGCUGGACCGGGCGCCCGACGGGCAGGUGUACCGGCGCGUGGUGCACUUCGCCGAGCCGGGCGCCGGCACCAAGGACCUGGCGCUGGGGCUGGUGCCGGGCGACCGGCUGGUGGAGAUCAACGGCCGCAAUGUGGAGAGCAAGUCCCGGGACGAGAUCGUGGAGAUGAUCCGGCAGUCGGGCGACACGGUGCGGCUGAAGGUGCAGCCUAUCCUGGAGCUGAGCGAGCUGAGCUGCUGCUGGCUGCGGGGCAGCGCGGGGCCGCGCAGAGCCGCUGUCGACCUGGACCCCGCGCCCUCGGCCUCGGCACCGAGCCAGGUACUGUACCCCCGGCCGCCGGGGGACCUGCCGCCGGCUCCCGUCGGCCUCUGGGCUGGUGUCUGUGCACGCGCCUCGUGCUGGAGUGGCCAGGCGGACGAUGCCCCAGCAGCCAUGGUCGGGCCGGCCUCCGCCGCCUCUCUGCCUCAGCAGGCCAAGACGGAGGAGCAGAUCGCGGCCGAGGAGGCCUGGUAUGAGACGGACAAGGUGUGGCUGGUCCACAAGGAUGGCUUUUCUCUGGCCAGCCAGCUGCGAGCCGAGGACGCCAGCUUGCUGCCCGAGGGCAAGGUGAAGGUGCGGCUGGACCACGACGGCACCGUGCUGGAAGUGGACGAGGAUGACGUGGAGAAGGCAAACCCGCCGGGCUGCGACCGCGUGGAGGACCUGGCAAGCCUGGUGUAUCUCAACGAGUCCAGCGUGCUGCACACGCUGCGCCAGCGCUACGGCGCCAACCUGCUGCACACCUACGCAGGGCCUGCCAUGCUCGUCGUCAACCCGCUCAGCUCCCCGGCCAUGUACUCGGAGAAGGUGAUGCACAUGUUCAAGGGCUGCCGGCGGGAGGACAUGGCCCCGCACGUCUACGCCGUGGCCCAGGCCGCCUACCGCAGCAUGCUGAUGAGCCGCCAGGACCAGUCCGUUGUGCUGCUGGGGGGCAGCGGCAGUGGCAAGACCACCAGCUGCCAGCACCUGGUGCAGUACCUGGCCACCAUCGCCGGCAGCUCCGGCAAGGUCUUCUCAGCGGAGAAGUGGCAGGCGCUGUACACCGUCCUGGAGGCGUUCGGCAACGGCAGCACUAGCAUGAAUGGCAACGCCACGCGCUUCUCCCAGAUCCUCUCGCUGGACUUCGACCAGGCCGGGCAGGUGGCUUCUGCCUCCAUCCAGACAAUGCUGCUGGAGAAGCUGCGGGUGGCCCGGCGGCCGGCUAACGAGGCCACCUUCCACGUCUUCUACUACCUGCUGGCCUGCGCUGACAGCGCCCUCAGGACCGAGCUGCACUUCGGCCACCUGCCCGAGAACAACGUGUUCGGGAUCGCGCCGCUGCACAAGCCGGAGGAGAAGCAGAAGGCAGCGCAGCAGUUCAGCAAGCUGCAGGCUGCCAUGAAGGUCAUGGGCAUCUCCGCCGAGGAGCAGAAGGCCUUCUGGCUCAUUCUGGGCGCCAUCUACCACCUGGGCGCUGCCGGAGCCACCAAAGACGCCGACGAAGCUGGCAGGAAACAAUUUGCCCGGCACGAAUGGGCCCAGAAAGCCGCCUACCUGCUGGGCUGCAGCCUGGAGGAGCUCUCCUCAGCCAUCUUCAAGCACCAGCCCAAGAGCACCCUGCAGCGCUCCACCUCCUUCCGCCAGGGCCCCGAGGAGCCCGGGCUGGGCGACGGCACAGGCCCCAAGCUGACGGCGCUGGAGUGCCUGGAGGGCAUGGCCUCGGGCUUGUACUCGGAGCUCUUCACGCUGCUCAUCUCACUGCUGAACAGGGCGCUCAAGUCGAGCCAGCACUCGCUGUGCUCCAUGAUGGUGGUGGACAUGCCGGGCUUCCAGAACCCUGAGCUGGCCGGCCAGGGCCGCGGCGCCACCUUCGAGGAGCUGUGCCACAACUACGCCCAGGAGCGGCUGCAGGCGCUCUUCCACGAGCGCACCUUCGUCCAGGAGCUGGAGCGGUACAAGGAGGAAAACAUAGAGCUUGCAUUAGAUGACAUAGAGCCCGCUCCCUCGGGCUCUGUGGCCACUGUAGACCAGCCCUCUCACCAGGCACUGGUACGCUCGCUGCCCCGCACGGACGAGGCUCGGGGGCUGCUGUGGCUGCUGGAGGAGGAGGCGCUGCAGCCCGGGGGCAACGAGGACACCUUGCUGGACCGGCUCUUCACCUACUACGGGCCCCAGGAUGGAGACAAGAAAGGGCCCAACCCCCUGCUGCGCAGCGAGAGGCCGCGGCACUUCUUCCUGGGCCACAGCUCGGGGACCAACUGGGUGGAGUACGACGCCGCGGGCUGGCUGGGCUACGUCAAGCACAACCCGGCCGCGCAGAACGCCGCCGCGCUGCUGCAGGACUCGCAGAAGAAGAUCAUCAGCAGCCUGUUUGCGGGCCGGGCGGGCACGGCCCUGGUGCUGUCGGGCUCCGUGGCGGGCCUGGAGGGUGGGUCACAGCUGGCGCUGCGCCGGGCCACCAGCAUGCGCAAGACCUUCACCACCGGCAUGGCGGCCGUCAAGAAGAAAUCUCUCUGCAUCCAGAUCAAGUUGCAGGUGGACGCCCUGAUUGACACCAUCAAGAAGUCCAAGGUGCACUUUGUGCACUGCCUGCUGCCCAAGGCGGAGGGCUGGGCCGGGACCCCGCGCGGGCUGGCGGGCCGGCGUGUCAGCAGCAGUGAGCUUGACCUGCACGGCGAGCACUGCGAGGCGGGGCUCAUGCAGCUGGACGUGCCGCUGCUGCGGGCGCAGGUCCGCGGCUCCCGCCUGCUCGACGCCCUGCGCAUGUACCGGCAAGGCUACCCCGACCACAUGGUGUUCUCCGAGUUUCGGCGCCGCUUCGAUGUCCUGGCCCCGCACCUCACCAAGAAGCACGGGCGCAACUACAUCGUCAUGGACGAGAAGCGGGCAGUGGAAGAACUCCUGGAGUCGCUGGACUUGGAGAAGAGCAGUUAUUACAUGGGCCUGAGCCGGGUGUUUUUCCGGGCAGGGACCCUGGCCCGGCUGGAGGAGCAGCGUGACGAGCAGACGAGCAAGAACAUCGCCCUGUUCCAGGCGGCCUGCCGCGGCUUCCUGGCUCGCCAGCACUUCAAGAAGAGAAAGAUCCAGGACCUGGCGAUCCGCUGCGUGCAGAAGAACAUCAAGAAGAACAAGGGCGUGAAGGGCUGGCCCUGGUGGAAGCUCUUCACCACCGUGCGCCCCCUCAUCGAGGUGCAGCUCACCGAGGACCAGAUCCGGGGCAAGGACGAGGAGAUCCAGCAGCUCAAGGGCAAGCUCGAGAAGGUGGAGAAGGAGCGCAACGAGCUGCGGCUGACCAACGACCGGCUGGAGGGCAGGAUCACAGAGCUCACGUCGGAGCUGACGGACGAGCGCAACACAGGCGAGUCGGCCUCCCAGCUGCUGGACACGGAGACGGCCGAGCGGCUGCGGGCGGAGAAGGACAUGAAGGACCUGCAGGCCAAGUACGACGCGCUGAAGAAGCAGAUGGAGGCCAUGGAGAUGGAGGUGAUGGAGGCGCGGCUCAUUCGCGCGGCCGAGCUCAACGGCGAGCUGGAUGACGACGAUUCAGGCGGCGAGUGGCGCCUGAAGUACGAGCGCGCGGUGCGGGAGAUCGACUUCACCAAGAAGCGGAUGCAGCAGGAGUUCGAGGACAAGCUGGAGGUGGAGCAGCAGGGCAAGCGGCAGCUGGACCGGCGGCUGGCCGACCUGCAGGCCGACAGCGACGAGAGCCAGCGCGCCUUGCAGCAGCUGAAGAAGAAGUGCCAGCGCCUGACGGCCGAGCUGCAGGACACCAAGCUGCACCUGGAAGGGCAGCAGGGGCGCAACCACGAGCUGGAGAAGAAGCAGCGCAGGUUCGACAGUGAGCUCGCACAGGCGCACGAGGAGGCCCAGCGGGAGAAGCUGCAGCGGGAGAAGCUGAGCCGGGAGAAGGACGUGCUCAUCGCCGAGGUCUUCGGCCUCCGGCAGCAGCUGGAGGAUAAGGACGCCGACAUCGCCAGCCUCACCCAAAAGGCAGAGGCCCUGGAGGCCGAGUUGCAGGACAUCUCCUCCCAGGAGUCCAAGGACGAGGCCUCCCUGGCCAAGGUGAGGAAGCAGCUGCGGGACCUGGAGGCCAAGGUCAAGGACCAGGAGGAGGAGCUGGACGAGCAGGCGGGCACCAUCCAGAUGUUGGAGCAGGCCAAGCUGCGGCUGGAGAUGGAGAUGGAGCGCCUGCGCCAGACGCACGCCAAGGAGGUAGAGAGCCGCGACGACGAGGUGGAGGAGAUCCGCCAGUCCUGCCACAAGAAGCUGAAGCAGAUGGAGGUGCAGCUGGAGGAGGAGUACGAGGAGAAGCAGAAGGUGCUGCGGGACAAGCGGGAGCUGGAAAGCAAGCUGUCGGCCGUCAGCGACCAGGUGAACCAGCGGGAUUUUGAGACGGAGAAGCGGCUGCGCAAGGACCUCAAGAGGACCAAGGCGCUGCUGGCUGAUGCCCAGAUCAUGCUGGACCACCUCAAGAACAACGCGCCCAGCAAGCGGGAAAUCGCCCAGCUCAAGAACCAGCUGGAGGAGUCGGAGUUCACCUGCGCGGCGGCCGUCAAGGCCCGGAAGUCCAUGGAGGUGGAGAUCGAGGACCUGCACCUGCAGAUCGACGACCUGGCCAAGGCCAAAGGCGCGCUGGAGGAGCAGCUGAGCCGGCUGCAGCGGGAGAAGAACGAGGUGCAGAGCCGCUUGGAGGAGGACCAGGAGGACAUGAACGAGCUGAUGAAGAAGCACAAGGCGGCCGUGGCCCAGGCCUCCCGGGACCUGGCCCAAAUGAACGACCUCCAGGCGCAGCUGGAGGAGGCUGGCAAAGAGAAGCAGGAGCUGCAGGAGAAGCUGCAAGGCCUGCAGAGCCAGCUGGAGUUCCUGGAGCAGUCCAUGGUGGACAAGUCCCUGGUCAGCCGGCAGGAGGCCAAGAUCCGCGAGCUGGAGACGCGGCUUGAGUUCGAGAGGACGCAGGUCAAGCGCCUCGAGAGCUUGGCCACGCGCCUGAAGGAGAACAUGGAGAAGCUGACGGAGGAGCGGGACCAGCGCACCGCCGCCGAGAGCCGGGAGAAGGAGCAGAACAAGCGGCUGCAGCGCCAGCUGCGGGACGUCAAGGAGGAGAUGGGCGAGCUGGCCAAGAAGGAGACGGAAGCCAGCCGCAAGAAGCACGAGCUGGAAAUGGACCUGGAAAGCCUGGAAGCCGCCAACCAGAGCCUGCAGUCGGACCUGAAGCUGGCGUUCAAGCGCAUUGGGGACCUGCAGGCCGCCAUCGAGGACGAGAUGGAGAGCGACGACAACGAGGACCUCAUCAACAGCCUGCAAGACAUGGUGACAAAAUACCAGAAACGCAGGAGCAAACCCGAGGGUGACUCGGACGUGGAUUCAGAGCUCGAGGACCGCGUGGACGGGGUCAAGUCCUGGCUCUCCAAGAACAAGGGCUCGUCUAAGGCGGUCUCAGACGACGGCAGCUUGAAGAGCUCCAGCCCCCCCGGGUCCCGGAGACCCUUUGCCUACGACAAGUCGGACGAGGAGCGAGACGCCUUCGAGAGCACGUCCAGGCCCCGGGCCUGCUCCCGGAGCUACCUGAGCGACAGCGACGCCGAGGGCCCGCCCGCCGACUCCUCAGCAUAGCCCUCCCGGGAGGGCAGGGCUCCGGCACGGCCACGGCACGUCCACAGCCUCAACCGGCCGCUGCGUGGAACGGGGGGAACACGGAGCCGCGGGCAGCGCCACGCCGACCCCUCGGCCCUCCCGGGCAGCACGGCCCAGGGGCGCCCGGCCGCGGCCCCUCAGCAAGCGCCUUGCAUGGGAAAUGCUGCAUUCGCCCCCCGGGCCACGGCCAGGAUCUCUGCAGGGUGGAAAACGUCCCUCUUGAGAGCUCCCAUCCUGCCCCUGCCCCUCCGGCCCCGCUGCCCUGCACCAGGCAGGAUGCAAUAACGGGGAGCUCAGCCCCGCCUGGGACUGGACUCCGGCUCAGGGGCGCUCAGGGGUCUUGCUCCUUGGGGUCCUGCCACAUCCCCCCCAUGGCCAGUGCAGCGGGGCCGCGUGGGUCUCGGGGCAGGGGCUGGGCUGGGCUCGGGGGGCCUUUUCCCCUCCACGCUGGCUGCCUUUCCAUCUGACACCGUCACCCCUGGCUGCUCUCACCUCCCUCCUCGUUGAGCCAAAGACGGCGCCCAGCUCCCUGGCUCGCUGGGCGCUUUGUGCCCACGGGCAGAGGGCAGCAGCACUGUGCCUCUGGGGCCGUGUUGCACACACAGGUGCACACACACGCUCACAUUGCUGCCGCCCUUUGCACGUGGGCCCAGUGCCUGGAGCCCGGCUUUCAGGGAGAGGGACGGGGGGUUGCUUUACUUUCUUCCCCAGCCGCUUGUGCCAGCACAUGGGAAUGUCACCCUGCCCCAGCCCACACAUGCACACACAUGUACCCAUGCACGCACACACGCACAUGCCCACGGGGCGGCGGAGAGCCCGCGCCGUGGCACCUCCUCACUUCUGGCACUCCUUUGCUGGCUGCGACGUCUCCGCGGCCACCCCCCGCCCGCCUCUGAACGAGCUGCCCGAAUUCAUGCCAAGGAAACAUCCCAGCCCCCCCCUCAAGGACUCAACUACUGCCACGGGAGCCCGGGCCAGCCCUACCUGUACAUCCCCCUCUGCUAAUUUAUGCCCGCCUGGCCCGGCCGCCGCGGGGUGGAGUCGCCCGGGCCCGGCGCUGUCUGUCUGUUUUGCACUAGUUCAGCUGUGCGUCUUUCCCUGUCCGGUUCUGUUAAAUAUUAAAAUAAAUGUCAUUUAUGGCUGGUGA